CACAACGCGACGAAAUGCCGCAUAAAACGCCGCUAGUAGACGGACGAGUAUAAGAGUGGAAUGUAAAUGAACCUACUACAAGAGUAGACGGGAUUUUUUUUCUUUUGUCUUUCGUCUUUGUAUCGUAUCAUCUGCAAUCUGCAACCUGCAACCUGCAACUGCAACUACAACUGCAAUGGAUUUUUUGAAUGUGGCCACAAAUAAUGAUCAGAAGUUGACAAGAAGUUAAUACAAUUAUUGUGUUCAAUGCUUGGAAGUUUUUUUCCCCUUUUUUUUUGUUGUGCAUAAAAUAACCACUAACGAGUAAUAUUCAUGAUGGAUAUGAACGGAUUCAGCGGCGGUCGUGUUCAAUACUUGCAGGCUCAACUGUUUCCAGUUUGCACACUAACAGCAUCCAAUGGAGCUGGCUUCCUUGGAAAUUUUCUAUCGAAAGGUCUGAAGACUAAUCAAUUAGUUCUUAACACUGAUGAAAAGACAUUGAGACCUAUUGCACGACUGAAAGAACCGCGCGAUCUUUUCGCACUGCCGAAGGACAAGGACAAUGAUUGCUCACAGCAGGCCCCCAGAUGGCCGAUAGAAUGUCAGGUCAUUGAGGAGCGAGUUGUACACAUUCCCUAUGUUCCGCCCCAAGCAGAACCACUUAAUGUGCCAACAGGCAAUGAGCUGAAGCCGCGUCCUGUAGGAGAGGAAAAUGGUAUUAUUGUGUUCACUUAUUGUCCUAUAAGUGCCGUCAACUAUGAAAACUCAAAUGUCAAAUCCAAAGCUGAGGAUAAGUCUAGCGAAGAUUCCGAUGAUUCUUCAGACUCGAGAAACGAUUUCACACCACUCAGUCGACGAAUGACGAUGCGAAAUACAAAGGGUCAAUUGAAUAGCAUAUCGAAGAUAUUGAAUAGCGUCGACGAUCGCUCGACGAGCAACUCGCAAGAUGAAGAAGACGAUGACGGCGACACAAGUGGCGAGGGCAAAGAGACAAGACAAGUAGGCGAGCAAACAACUCUCAACUGUCCUUCCAAUCUCAGUGAAAGCAAGAAAAAAUGCUUUGGCACAAAUACUGCCCCCCAAGAAUCCAGCGAUAUCGAAGAUAUUUGGACUAGCAAUAGUACUGAAUACAAGCCGGCUUCCCCUUAUUACGUGCUCAGUGAGUUUGGCAAAAAAGUGCCCAAGACGAUGAUCAUCGACAAGAUCAUCGAGAAUGAUCAGCCGCAGACCCAACACCAGCAGCAGCAGCAGCCUCCACCAACCACUUGCAACUCAACAUCAAGCAAGGUACAGAAUAACAGAUAUGCUGUGACACCUUUUCGAAUCCCUAAAUCAAACAUAUCGCGUUUGGAAGCUGCUUUCCAAAUCCCCUCCCGCUUAACCACCAGCGACAAAUCCCUAUCAAAUCCAAGCAAGAAAUGCAAUGCUGCCAUCGAUGGUGAAGCAGAGCAUAAUCAUAAUGUUCUCGAUGAUAUAUUGAUGAGCGAUAGCGAAUGCUCAUCUGGUCGUCUGGCCGGUGGUGCUGACAAACUUCCCAGCACCAGUUCAAGCUCUGUAUCUGAGACGGAUACUCUAGUGGGAGAUGAAACCGAGAGCGUCCUACCAUCUUCUGAAAACAAAAUGCCUGAAGCAACAGGACAACUGGCUCAAUCCUCAUCGCCCAAACAAACGGUGAGCAUGGCGGCAGCAGUUGCAGCUGUUGCAAGAGGGCGACGACGCGGAUUUGAGCCUGUAACGUGUUCGUCAGAUAUUUUGGGGUUAUCGCAUUUAAGUACAAAAAGCAUCAAUACUAGCAGCACCUUUGUUGAACUAAGCAACGACAAGUCGCCGCCGCCCAGUCCAGAUAUCGAUAGUACUAAUGAAACCACAUCAUCGUUUCAAUCUCAACCCAUUUCCAAUGAUAUUCCCCAAAUGCAGUUUAGUCGCUCAGCCGUGGGUGGUGCCAAAUUUGUGACCAACUGCCAUCCAAUGAACGCCGAGGAGUACGAUAGUCUGGAGUUUGAGUCACGCUUUGAGUCCGGCAACUUAGCUAAAGCAGUGCAGAUCACGCCCACCUACUAUGAACUAUAUUUACGGCCCGAUCUCUAUACGAGCCGAUCCAAACAGUGGUUCUAUUUUCGCGUUAGACGCACGCAUCGCAACAUGUUGUAUCGCUUUUCCAUUGUGAAUCUGGUCAAGUCGGAUAGUCUUUACAAUGAUGGCAUGCGACCCGUCAUGUACUCAACGCUGGGUGCUAAAGAGAAGAGCGAAGGAUGGCGUCGAUGUGGCAAUAACAUUUCAUACUAUCGCAAUGACGAUGAAAGCAAUAACACUAAUGAGGAGGAUGAGGACAAUUCAAGCUACACAUUGACAUUCACCAUCGAGUUUGAGCACGAUGAUGACACCGUGUAUUUUGCCCACAGUUAUCCUUACACCUACAGCGAUCUACAAGACUAUCUAAUGGAGAUACAGCGACAUCCGGUAAAAUCCAAAUUUUGUAAGCUCCGGCUUCUUUGUCGCACACUAGCUGGCAAUAAUGUAUAUUAUCUCACCGUCACGGCACCAUCCAAUAAUGAGGAUAUAAUGCGCCGCAAGAAAUCAAUAGUGGUGUCGGCUCGUGUUCAUCCCAGUGAGACGCCAUCGUCCUGGAUGAUGAAGGGUUUGAUGGACUUUAUAACUGGCGACACAACGGUUGCCAAACGCUUGCGUCAUAAAUUUAUUUUCAAACUGGUGCCGAUGUUGAACCCUGAUGGUGUUAUUGUGGGAAACACUCGAAAUUCGCUAACUGGUAAAGACUUGAAUCGUCAGUAUCGAACUGUUAUUCGAGAGACAUAUCCAUCGAUUUGGUAUACAAAAGCCAUGAUUAGAAGACUGAUUGAAGAAUGCGGAGUUGCCAUGUAUUGUGAUAUGCACGCCCAUUCACGCAAGCACAAUAUAUUUAUAUAUGGCUGUGAAAAUAAACGCAAUCCGGAGAAGAGACUUACCGAGCAGGUCUUUCCCUUGAUGCUGCACAAAAACAGCGCUGAUCGGUUUUCGUUUGAAAGUUGCAAAUUUAAAAUUCAGCGAAGUAAAGAAGGCACUGGACGCAUUGUUGUCUGGAUGCUUGGCAUUACAAACAGCUAUACAAUCGAGGCUUCUUUUGGCGGUUCCUCGCUGGGCUCGCGAAAAGGAACUCAUUUUAACACACAGGAUUAUGAGCACAUGGGCCGUGCAUUUUGUGAGACUUUAUUGGACUAUUGUGAUGAAAAUCCGAACAAAGUAAAGCGACAUGCUAAAUUAUUUAAGCAAAUUAAAAAGAUAAGAAAACGCGAGAAACGCGAGCAGAAAGCAUUGAAAUUACAAAAAAUGGCUGAUCAGAUUUUAAAUUUACUCAAACAACAGGAAAGACUACGCUCCAAAAUAAUUGAAAGACUGAUGCGCGAAGGCUCAAGUGCCGAUGAACCGUUAAAUAUUCCAUUAUCGGAUUACUCCAGUGACGAGGGCAACUGCAGUUCCAGUUCCGACAAUGAAGGCAAGCAUUCAAUAGCUGCUUCAGACCUGGAAGGUCCUUGUUGUGCACCAAUCCGUGCGCCGCCCAGUUCGCCUGAGGUCAUGAAUGAAAUUCGUAAGUUUCGUGUACGCCGAAUGCAUAAAGUGAUGCACGUUCUGGACCAAAUCUACUUUUCCCCGGUUCUCCAACGCAAAUUCAAAGCACUGGCACGACUCAAGCGUCGUCGUCAUAAAUUGGGAUGCAAGACAGCGAUUAGCAACAAGCGUAUGACGGGUGGUGAAGUGGCUCUAAGUUCACUCAAUGAAAAUGUGGGAACAAGCAAUACACAUGUUCAAAUAACCACAAUUAAGUCGACACGGCCAUCGAACACAGAACUCCUCGACAGUUCAGAGAGCAAUGUAUCUCAGUCAUCAUCGGAUAUAGCUACGGAUGUUAAUAGCGAUAGCAAGCAAACCAGUAAGCAGCAAUCCUCUCGUAAGAAAAUCAAGAAAAAGAAAUUCAUGCCUAUCGAAAAAGGCAAAUCGAAGACGAUUAAUCGCAAAACGCGAAUCGAUCGCAAUUUGCGACUUUGGUUGGCAAACAGAAGAAUUUUUAUUUUCCGUCGUAAGAAUAAGAAUCGACGGCAGCGAGUACGUAGCAAGCCCUUGAAGAAACGUGGCGAAGUAGCGCGCACAGCACUUGACUUGCCUACCACCGAUCCGGGGUCAGAUUUGCAUUUCUCUACAGAUGAUGAGGAGCUUUCGCCAACAGGUAAAGAGGGAUUCGGGGCAGUGGCGCCAUUGCGUCACACAUUACUUCAGAGCGAGUUGCAGCGACGCUACAUCGAGGAAAUCGGUGAUAUGGUAGUGAAGAAACCGAAAGCGGUUCAUCAUCAUAUGCCGCCUGAGUUGAUCGUGACAACACCAUCGAAGAUAACUGGGCCCGGUGGCGUUAAGACCUUGGAAAUCUAUAAGUUGACGCCACGUACAGCACCUGAGCAACAAGAGGGCGUGAGUCAAGUGAAAACAGGCCAUGCAAUUUCUCCUGCUGCUCGACGCACUUACUCCUGGCACAAUCUCAAUCAGGAAAGCGGCCAUGCCAGGCCAAAUUUCUUUGCUCGAGAGCCCAAGCCGUCGGUGAAGAUAUACAGGGCGCCUCCACGACGCAAUGUACCUAGCAAUUUUAUACCGCUUGCCCAGCAAAGAAAUGGUGGCAACGCUGACGACUUGCAAUUGAAGUUGUCAUUGAAGAAAAAGAUAUGGACGGGAGCACACGGCGAGCCGGAGAACAGACCUCUCGCCUGGUACAAGGGCAAUCAAUGCAAAGCACAUCCUCAGUUAGCUAACGUAAUGGCAUCAGCUGCUGCUGCCGCCACAGCGAUGCGUUCCGGAGGCGGACAGGCGCAGAAUGUAUUUGGUGCUAGCAAUAAGGAACUGAUGGCAUCUGCAGGAGGAACUGCAACGACUCCAUUGCCGCCCGCUUAUGUAGGUGCGCCACGUCGAUCACGCAAAGUCGAUCAAGUGGACUUAUUCAAUGCCUGCUCACAAAAGUUGCUAAUGUGGCAGCAGGAACACAAGAAGUUGCAACCAAUGCACGCUCGCCUCAUGGGCGGCACCAGCACCAGCGUCAAGUUGGACGAUUCGCAUGUGCAGAUGCGCACCAGCAAACCCAAAAAAGGAACAAAAACCGCCAGCGAUAGUGAAGUGGUUGCGAGUACUGGGAAAGGCAAGCGCAAGUCGAGCAUUAUCAAGAUUGCAGAGACAACGCAGCUGGUAACGCGAUUUUCGCGCACACGCAACAACACUGGAUGCUCUGGCGGCAACAAUAACGCGGCACAGAAACAGCAAAUGACUCAAAUGCAACGACUGAUAUUCAAGGGCACCGAACAAAUGAACAAUGCAUCUGCAGUUGGCUUGCAACAACAGUCCGCCGGGGGACGAACAGCUAGCAAAUUUAAGACUGGCGGCAUUGUGGUGACUGCAGUUCAACAAUCGAUAGUCAGCAACACCGUGGCUGGAAGUGCUGGCGGAGUAUCGAGGCGGAUGCGUCACGCUGGUUUGGUGCACCUCAAGAGUGGUCCAACUACCGUCGUUGAUGAUGAUAACGCUGUGCAGUAUCGCCGCAACAGCAGCUCCGUGCAGAUCAACAAACCGACCACUGCCGGCGGCAUAUCGUUAGACACCGUCAGUCUGGUUCGCAAAGUGAAGACCAAGUUGAAGAAGCGAAAGUCGCGAACGCUUGCGAAAGCCGCUUCGGCAGCAGUUAAAUGAAACAAAUGAGAGCUAGUGAAGAACUUAGCAUCUCAUAUGAAAGAAACUAUCGGACCCAGACCCGGACAUUCCUCAGCAUCUCCUAGAUCGACAGCAUCAUUCCCUUAUCCCGCAAAUUUAUGUAUUUGUAUGUAAAUUAUUGUUUUUAACCAAAUUUAGUCCAAUUUUAAUAAGUUAAGCUACUUAUCCGCAGUCAUAGAAUAAUCAAAAUAUUGAUGGAUUAGUCACAAUGUGAGCAUCAUAUAUAGCAUAGCAAAAUUAAUGGGGCCUUCAAGUGCUCCCAAAGUUUAGGCAUUUUUGUAUUUUGUACAUACUGUGUGUGAUGAAUUGAAUGUUCUACAUGUAGAGAUACAUAAACACGAUGAGAAUAUUAACCCAUUUAGGCCGCUUUCAAAUUUGCAAUAAAAAUUAUAAUUGUUUUGAAACGACACUUGCUAUAAAUUGGACA